AUGGCGAACCCAGAGUGGGGGAAUGAAACAGUUCUCACGGAAUUCAUCCUGGUAGGAUUUUGGAAUCUCCCUGAGCUACAAACUCUUCUCUUCCUGCUGUUUCUCGUCAUCUACAUCGUGACCGUGGCUGGGAACAUCCUUAUCUUUGCGCUUGUUGUGGCUAAACAGCACCUUCACACCCCCAUGUACUUCUUCCUGGGGAAUUUGUCCUGCUUGGAGACCUGCUACACCUCCACCAUCCUACCCAAGGUGCUGGCCAGUCUCCUGACUGGGGACAGGACUAUUUUGUUUAGUCUCUGCCUCACACAAUUUUAUUUCGUUUGUUCUCUGGUGGUUACAGAAUGCCUUCUCCUGUCAGUGAUGUCCUACGAUCGGUAUUUAGCGAUAUGCAAUCCAAUGCCCUAUGCAGCCCAUAUGAGUGUCAGGGCCUGCCUCCAGCUUGCAGGUGGCUCUUGGAUAGGUGGCUUCCUAUGCAGUGGCAUAUUAACAUUGUCUAUAUCUCAGUUAACAUUCUGUGGCCCCAACAUUAUUGAUCAUUUCUUUUGCGAUUUUAUCCCCCUUGUAAAUCUCUCCUGCAAUGACCCACACUUGAUGGAAACGCUGGCUUUGACACUCAGCUUUCUUUUCUCACUGGUCCCAUUCCUACUUAUCAUGAUGUCCUACAUCUGCAUCAUUGCCACCAUCCUGAGAAUCCCAUCCACCACCGGAAGGCAAAAGGCCUUUUCCACCUGCUCCUCCCACCUCAUUGUGGUGAGCAUUUAUUAUGCAACUCUGCUGAUUGUCUAUAUGUUCCCAACCACAGAUAUCCUGAGCAACUUCAAGAAAGUUCUCUCUGUCAUCUACACCGUCCUAACUCCCCUGGUCAAUCCCCUCAUCUACAGCCUGAGAAACAAAGAGGUCCAGGAGGCCCUGAGGAAAGCUUGCAGGAAAUUCAUGCUUGGACCAUGCGAACCGGUCAAUUUCCUUGGGUUAAAAUAG